UUAAGAAAUAUAUAUUAAUCAUGCAGAACCUUAUUUUUCUCAAUCAAGUAAUACCUUAUUUUUUUAAUCGCGUAUUAAAUUAGUUCCAUAAUUAAGGCAAUAUUUGUUUCAAUCAUGCAAUAAUUGGAAAAUAUUUUGAAACUAAUAUUUGCAUACACCAUUGUUGAGUAUCACUUUAAAUAUUUAAAAACAAAGGAAAUUAGGAAACUAAUAAAGUUUCUUUUAAGUUUUAAGACAAUUCAUAACAGAUUCUCCGAUUCAUAAUUACAUGAUUGACAAUCACCAUGUGUUUUAGGAAACAACAACGGUGCGACAUUUGAUUCGUGAUAAAUUUGACGUGAUGGAAAUGUAUCAAUAAACAACGAUCACAUAUCCGUUAAAGGCCAUAUAUAGAAAUUUCCUCUUAUCACGCAACCUUAGUGAUUGAAAUUUUUUUUAUUAAAUCCCGUGAUUGACAAUUCAUAUUUAAAUCAUGAAUUAGUGAGAAAAAAAAACUAAAUGGAAAGGUUAUUAAUAGUGUUGCCUUGAAUCGAACUAAUUUACACUAAACUGCCAUAACAUGAUGUACAAUAGUCUUUUGCAUAUGAAAUAUAAGGAAAUGAUAAAUAUGAUUAACGUGCAAAAGAGGAGAUAUGAAACUGCAAUCCUGGUUUUUAAAAUAUAAUAUAUUGGAUCUUCAUUUUCUUUCUUUUUUUUGAUAAAUUGGAUCGUUGAAGUUGCCAUGAAAAUAACCAAUUCGAGGAGCAAAACAUUAUAAAAAGAACUUGAAUAGAUUUUAAAAGCCCAAAUGAAAAAUAAUAAAAUCUAAGUGUUUGUUAUCCAAGGUAAAAUAUUAACAUUCCUUAUACUCAUUAAUUAUAACAAUCAAGCGAUUAUGUGUGAUCCCAGUUAGCUGCAAGACUAAUGGCUACGAAGUCAUGCUAGAGUCAUGCUAUAUGAUAAAUUAUUUCAUUGCGUGCAGACAUAAUAUAUCGUGCAGGCUACUUAUCAAGCAUUGCAAAGUUCCUUAUAUUUCAUUGCCAUACACAGAGUCGCAUGAUUAAAAUAUAUUUAAGUAGUCAUGCAAUAUAAGGAAUUAUAACAAUCAAGCGACUUCGUCUAUGGCAAUAAAAUAUUUUUGUUUUUGAAGAUGGAAGUGUUUAAAAGUAAACGCAUUGUAAGCAUUAGAAUGUUCAUUAUGUUGUUAUCAAUACACGGUAAGUUUAUAAUAUAAUCUAUUGAUGAGUAGCAAAGUUUUGUAAUUAGUCUAGUAAAGAAUGGGUUUUUGAAAAUAUGAGGUGAGAGAGCAUAUGAUGAUGGCACGUAGGAAAUGACACACUUGUAAUAAACAUAUGAAAUAAAAGUUAGUUUUUACCAAUGCUCCUCAAAUAAUAAAAAAAGGAUGCGUUUAUUAUGGUGUGUUCUUCUAAAAACAAAAGAUGUUUGUAAUUUGUACAUGUUGCAUGGUCGAGUGCCUUUCUUUAGUUCUCCUAAUUUCACGCUGAUUGGGUUUGAAAACAUGUAAAGGUUCUUAAACUAUUGUUUAUACGCCAAGUAAAAUACCUGUUCAAUAACUGAUUUUUUCUUUUUCUUUUUGAAGCUGACUUUUGAUUCCUUAAAUAAGAAAACAAAUAGAAAAAGCAAAAUUGGGUUUAAAUUUGCAUGGUUCUAGUUAUUUAACCGGACCAAAUAGAAUUAUUAUGAGAUUCGAAUUGAUUAGAGUCAAACCAAUCCGGUUUUAUUACCUUAUAAAUUGGCAUGGUUCGUGUGAUCUAACCGAAGCGAAUCUUGAAUUUUUGUUGAGAUUCGAGGUGGUUAUACAGUUAAACCGAGUUCUUAUAUAUAUAUGCCUUCCCUCCAAAAAACAGAGCAAACCUAACGAUAAAAGAAAACCUUUCAAGAAACCUUCUCCAUCAUCGUCGUCGUCUUCUCCGAGAAAUGGCUGACGAUCUCUUUCGCCGUAACAGACCUUUCAACCAACUCGAUGGCUUCUACACCGACUGGUCCAGACACCUAACCGAACGCUGUCUCCCUGCCUUACGGAAUUUUGCUACCGACGCCAAGAACGAAGCCGUCCUCGGCGACAUACACUCAUACUACGACACUCUAAACCACUACGCCAACAAAAACACGAUCCUCUACUUCCUCUUACCCUCAUGGCGCAGCAACUCGCUCGAGACGCCGAUCCUCCUCCUCGGCGACAUCAACCCUCUUCUUUUCACCAGCCUUGUCCAGUCUUUCAUCGACGACGUCGGACUCAGUCAAGAUCGGAUCCGCACUUUCAGUACUCUUGCUGCGUGGAAAGACCUGUCGCUCCAGCUCGAGGACACUAUCAACGUAACCGCCUCGCGUCUGCUACGUGAGAUGAGGGAAGCGCAAGACGGUUUUAUAAGACGUUUCUCGGAUAAGUGGGUGUCGUCGUUUCGUGGUUUUCAGAGCGGAACGGUAGUAAUGGAGCCGGCGACUUCAGUGACGACGGAUGAGGAGGGUGGUGGUGCGGCGAUCAUGGAGGAUCUUGUGAGAAUGUUCCGUGAAGCGAAUCAACUGAGGAAGAGUGUGAUCACCGACAUUGCUGGAGUGUUAAACAUGAAUCAAAAGGUUCUCUUUCUUGAAAGCGUGUGCAAGCUUCUUGCAGGGUUUAAACAUCAGGAUAACGCUUUUCAGAAUUCUCUAUUUGGUUAUAAUCUCAUUAACCAGCAGCUUCCACCAGAUGAUGACAAUCUCUUCAAGCCUCCUCAUCCAUCGGAAGAGGUUAAUGCACACCAUAAUUAUCAGCCUCAGCCCAUGGUGCAGCAGUAUCCACCUCUGCUUCCACCAGAUGCCCACCAGCUCUUCCGGCCUUUUGAUCCAUCCGGAUUGGUUCACCAGAAUAAUAAUCCUCCGCCCAUGAUGCAGCCGCACUAUCCACCUCUGCUUCCACCAUAUGGCCACCAGCUCUUCCGGCCUUUUGAUCCAUCCGGAUUUUUUAUUGUACAGUAUUAUCAUCCGCUCAUGAUGCAGCAGCGUCCACCACCGCCCACGUAUCAGUAUGGACGUCCGUUUCCACGACACAACCAGCUCUUCCCGCCUAUUGCUCCAUCCGGAGAGGUUAUUGGCGCACACCACAAUUUUCAUCCGCAUGCACCUCAGCCUCCACCACCGCCCAUGGCCCAGCACCAGCAGCAUGCACCUGAACAGGAUCACGUUAUAUAUGUUGGGAACUUGGCCCCAUGGGCCACGCGUGAGUUGCUACUCCAGCGGUUUAGUCGUUAUCAUUCGGCUAGGGAAGCAAAGAUUUGCGUUGACCAAGGAAGUGGAGCCACAUAUGGUUUUAUUAGCUUUGCAGAUGUAAGGGAGAAAGUACAUGCCAUGAACGAAAUGAACCUUAAAAUCUUUUUAGAUAGGGAAAUGCAUAUUGGUCCUGCAGCUAAGAACUCUAUCUACUAGUCCCAUUUUCCUUCACUAUAUACUUGGGAUUGAUACUAAAUGUAGUUUCUAGAGUCUCUUUGUUUUUUGUACUUCUCCUUAGCUUUCCUCUUUUACGCCUUAAUCUGUAAGCUGAACCAGACUAUUAAUAUGAACUGAGGAUUUGUUACGGUUACCAUUUUAGACUAUGUGCUCUCUCAGCGUUUAAAUAAAUUAUGAAAAGAGUGUGAUUUUAAAUACAGCUUAAUUCAUGGAUAAUAUGGAAAAAAAAUGAUCAAUUCAAAGAUAUAAUAGCAGAGACUAUUAAAGAUAUAGAAAACUAAAAUGUGAAAAAAAAA